AUGGCGGGGAAGCGCUUGAAAGUGUCCGGGGACAUCCAGACGCUGACUCCGGCGCAGCGAGAGGCGCUGAGCGAGAUCAUCAGCGACUCCAUGAAUACUGGCGGUCUGAUCGCCUGGCGCAAGUUGACCGAGAGUCCGACGUUCGCCGGCGUGGCGUACGACACGCUUCGGCGCGAGGGGAAAGCGGUCAAGCGGCAGCUCUCCAAGCAGGGACUCGAGUCUUUCGUCCCCACCAAGCGCCACAUCAGCGAGCUGGACGAGGACCCAGCUGAGCCGGAGCCGCAGGACGACCAAGUGGCGGAGCUGGAGGCGCUGGUGGCUCACAAGGACAAGCUCAUAGCGGACGGCGUGAGGCAGAUCAAGACGCUCAAGCAGAAGGUCACGGGGCUCGACGCGGCCGUCGCCGAGAGGGACGAGCAGCUCGCGGAGCAGGAGAAGCUGCAGAAGCAGGUGGAGGCGCUCCAGCAGUGCAUCAGUGAGCUCAGCGCCAUCAUCGCCAGCAAAGAUGUGCAGCUGGAAGAGGCCAACGCCCGUUAUGAUACGCUGCUGCAAGGCGUUCGGCAGCUGGCGUCCGAGGGGUAG